AUGGUUAUAUUAAUUGGUUAUCAAGAAGCUGUAGAUAAAUUAUCUACUGCAGAAGUCGCUUUCGUUGGUCGAUUAACAAGUGUUACGCCAAUUUUAUCGGUACGUUCAAACCCACCUGUAGAACAUUAUACACUUAAAUUCGAAAAAGAAUUACGACCAUUAAAAGGUUCGAUAUCAACUAUAUACGAAUUUCAUUAUCAACAAAAAUUAAAACAAGGACAGAUAUCGAAUGUUGAUGGUCAUUUAGAUCCUAUUGUUGAUUUAAAAGCACCACAUCCAGAUCUAUUUUAUGUUGCUAUACUUCAUGCUGAUAAUAAUACGAUAAAAACUUUAAUAGAAAUCGAUGAACAAGAUUUACCAAUGUUUCAUCCAUCAACAAAAUAA